GAUGCAGACGCUGCGCCGGUCCUCGUCUCAUGUUGGGACGAUUACAAGCUGAAGGUCGAUGUCACUUAUGGCGAUGCCCAGGGGCUUGUUCGCGCUGACUUCUGGGUACGUAAUCUUGUGUGUGUUAUAUGGAAGCAAUCAUUAAAAAGUUAGAUAACAUUGCAUUCUUUUUGUAGGCACGUUUUCGGUUGGCCGACGGGGAUGACGCGAACCACGCCGAGAAGGUGUUUCAAGUAAAUGCCUAUCGGUUGGUGAAGGAGGCCCUGUACGAGGCAAGGAUUCAGGCCACGUGCAUGUAUUAUCAACAAAUUUUAGGGCAAAAGAUGAACAAGAAGACAGGGGCCUCGAGUAUAUACCUUCGCGAGGAAGAGUAUCGUAAGGUGGUGGUUCCGUGGAUGUCUAACCGGCCAGAGGCCUACGCAGCUUGGUGUGGGGUAUGGGCUUCUGAAGCCUUCCAACAGAAGUCAAAAAGUCACAGGGACAAUCGAGGCACCAUGCCGAACCACACCUUCGGUGGCGACAACUUCACGCGAAAGGCGAAACGCCUGGAAGCUCAAUUAGGUCGCGAGCCGACUCCCAUCGAGGUGUGGGAAGCUGGCCAUAGGGGAAGCGACCCUUCCAACCCUUUGUGCAGCCAGACACAAAGGGAGCGUCUGGCGGCAUAUGCGGAAGAGAUGAAGGACCGUCACGGAGAAGACUGCGAUUGGAGGACCAUGCCGAUCGAUGCUCAAGCCGUGCAUAAAUCCGGUGGAGGAAAGGCACAUGGACGAUUCUCUCUCUUUGAUGGAAUGAUCAACACGACGGAUUUUAGAGCGUCUCGGCGGUCGGCAUCCGGGUCCGGAAGCUCCGGUCGUAGCUCUCAUCGUGAGGCUGCGUGA